AUGAAACAUUUCAUAUUAAUCUUUCCCAUUGGGGAUGACGUAAUGGGUACUAUUAUUCAAACUAUAUAUUCUGUUAUUGUGUUCGUCGGCAUCAUCCUAAACAUUUACGUGGUCAACAAAAUGUCUAGAUUAUACAAAUCAGACAAAGAUCAGUUCAUCAAUGGAACAGGAAUCUACUUGAUGUCAAUGGCAGUUUGCGAUGCCGUCAAUCUUGUGUUAUCCUGCUUUGAAAUGCUCACUUACUUACUAUCUAUCACAUCAAGCGAGCAGGCAGCAAGUAUUUUGUGCAAGAUCGCCGAGUUCACACUUCGAUGCUCCUACACCUAUAGUAUGUACUGCUGGUUAUUCAUGUCUGGACUACGGUAUCUGGCAGUGUUCUCUCCGAUCCACUAUACAACGCUUUGGAGAAGCCCGUGGCACAUGGUGAUACCAUGCUUCAUUGUGGCCAUUAUUUCGAACAUGUAUUUGCUGGUUGCAGUGAAGCAGGAAAACUUCCAAUGUAUUUUGAUUAUUGAUGAGUAUUCAACAUUGUACAACAGUGUUGAUGUGUUCAUCUCCACUUUGUUACCAGUCUCCUUUAUUCUCGCACUGGAUCUCUUGGUACUAUGUUUUCGUCCAUCUAGACAGCAAAACGAUCCAUUGCUACAGAUUGUUUUCCAUAGACUAGAUGAAGAUACGGAGAAGAGGAAAAUGAUAACAACUCGGAAAUUCAUGCUGGUCACGCUGCUCGCCGUGAGCUUAUCCACUCCAGAUGGUAUCCUUCGAGCUAUCAGGCCGUAUAUCGACGGGAACGUUGUGUUCAUUUUGUUUCAAGUCUUCAAAGGAUCUUAUUUAGCAAGGUUCACAUUCAACGCGUUUUACCUAACACUGUUCGUUUUCGACCGGAACAUUUUAUCCAAAGUUUCAUCUUCUCGUCACUUAUCGGUCUCGAUGCGUCGUCUUGAAGAAGAGCCGGCAAUUGUUCCCCGUGAAAGAAGCCGAACACUUUCCUGUCAAAGACCACCACUAGUGCACAAUUUGAUGCGAAAUUCUUCCUGUAUAAUUUACAAGGAUGACAAAGAUGACAAGGAGAACAACGAGACGUCGUCAACUCUGUGGGUGUGAAUUUUUUCAAUUUUUCUGUUUUCUUUUUUUUUCCUUCUGUUUGUAUCUUUCUUGCGAGGUUUUUUCUCACAUUCGAGUUGCUUAUUUUGUAUCAUAUUACAAGUAAUCCACGAUUUCUAGUUAAACGGGAAUC